CCGAAUUUCGUCUGAUAGAAUGGCGCCGCUCAAGAAAGGGGGUGAGAAGAAGAAGGGGCGCUCUGCCAUUAACGAGGUGGUUACCCGGGAGUACACGAUCAACAUCCACAAGCGGAUCCAUGGCAUCUCUUUCAAGAAGAGGGCUCCCCGCGCUAUCAAAGAAAUUCGAAAGUUUGCCAUGAAGGAGAUGGGCACCCCUGACGUCCGCAUCGAUACCCGUCUGAACAAGGCCGUGUGGGCCAAAGGAGUCAGGAACGUCCCGUACCGUAUGCGUGUGCGUCUCUCCAGGAAGCGUAACGAAGACGAAGACUCCCCCAACAAGCUGUACACCCUUGUCACGUAUGUUCCUGUCACCACAUACAAAGGUCUCCAGACAGUCAAUGUGGAUGAAAACUAAUGUCCUCUUCAUAGAUGUUGGAAUAAAUUUGUAAAAGAA